CUCAUCGAAAGGCUUUGCCGCUAUGUUGUAGCAUCUUGCCCGCCAUCUUUCCUGAUUUUGCCAUAGCUGUUGCAUGUUUCACGGUCUCUUUAGGGCUGUGCAUCUUUCGUAGACAAACUACCGCCUGAUUUGAAACUUUCAUUUCAGAGUAAUAAUCAUCAAAGCUGAAAGGUUAUUUGUGCAGAAGUUGCCAUGGCAAGAUCAUUUAAAGUGGAUAAUUGGGGUUCGCUCUUGCUGCAAAGAAUACAACAACUCUAUGAACGGGGCGAGCACUGCGAUAUCAUGUUGAAGUUCCACACAGGGGAAGAGAUUCCGGUUCAUAGAAUGGUAUUACAUGCCUGUUGCAGCUUUUUUGCUGUUUUGGAAGGCACAGAAGCACUAGAAAAUUCUACUUUGCAUCUACCUUCUGAGCUAAACAGAGAGGCCUUAGAACCAGUGAUCAGGUUCAUGUAUACAGGUCAACUUGAUAUCGGUGAAGGCUCAGUUCCGACUCUGGUUACAACUGCCCAAUUUCUUGACAUGCCUCUUCUUGAGCAAUUGCUUCAGACACAUGCUCUUGCAGCUACCAAUAACACUCCCAUGCCAACUCCAAAGGCUAAACUAAACAGAACACCUGUCAGGGCUAGCUAUUCUCCCUCACCAGCCAAAAAAAUGAACAAGACUGCACCAAAACAGGAAAUGUUACCUGCUGGACCGAGUCGAAUAGAUCUCGAGGUUGGUGAUUCUGCUUGUGAGUUUGGAAGUCUUCCUAAACUUUCUGAAUUAUUGAUGGAUACUCCAUCUACCCCUAUGAACCCGCCACUUUUGCCUCUCGUACGCAAGGGUAGCAACCCCCCUUUGAUUAAACGAGAUCUAAAAAAAGCUGAAAAAACAUUCGAUGAACUCAAGAAGACAAUCACGCCUUCAGCCGUUCGACGACCUAUCAGCAAUACUGAAGCCACGAAGACGCCUGAGGCUAAGAGGUUACGGGAAGAAGAUAUAGAAAGUUUCAAGGAGUUGCUGGCGGAGCAAAAGAGAAGAACUGAGUUGGCCGCCGAGCAGGGAGAAGACACAACAGCAACGUAUGAUGCCGCUGCUGAUAUAGGCUUGGAUGACUGGGGAGAGGAAGAUGAGGAUGAAGAAGGAGAUUCAGUUAACGAAGGAUCUAAAGACGAUCUGCUUAGGGGGCAGCAGCACAAGUCUAUCCUGAAAACGGAAGCUAUUUCGCCAGCAAUAGAAAGCAAACGAGUUCACUUUAUGGUAAAUGACGAAACUGGUGCUAAUGCAUCAUCCAUAGACGCUAGUACUGUUGCAGAACAUGUUGAUAGUGAAGAAAGAAACAUGGAACAACUUAUGGCCGCUGCCGAAUCCGCCGGUGGAGCUGCCCUAGCUUCACCCGAUAAGGAUUCUUCUACUAUAACGAUUUUUAACGAAAACUCGGAGGUCUUGCUGCGCGAAGUUGUGUCUAGCAAUACGUUGACGAGCCAAGUGCAAGGGCGCAUGAUAGCUGAAGUGCUGAAACGUAACCCAAAUUUAGUUUCCAGUGGGAAAAACACUAAGCUUAAAAUCGUCCAACGCAGUCCGUGGUGGGCCAAAGCUCGUGUUAGUUUUGUUCUUUUGAAGCCAACGACAGCCGAUGAGGAACAUGCUACCGCAAUUAAUUCAAAGCCGUCGAUACUGCGUCAGCAUAAUGCGGCCGUAGCUGGUGUGAGGAAAAGUGGAGCUUCAGGGUUGGGUUCGAGCGGAGCCAUCGCUGUAAACAAGCGUGUUUCGCCCUUUGAUAAUGUAACUGGCCCUUGGAUCUGUUAUGACUGCUUGCAAACCACCGAAGAUGGUCAAACAGCGGCUCUGAGACUGAAAACUUACUUUGAAUAUCGAUGUCAUCUGAUUCAAACUCAUGGUUUAAAACCUGAUUCUCAGGCCUGUGAAUAUUGUGGCCACCGAGCCGUUAAGCGUAACCACAUGCUGUUUCAUUUGUUCACUGUACAUGGAGUUCCACCACCAGCUCACACAAAAUUUCCGCAAUGUGAAGAGUGUGAUUACGUCGCACUUACAGCUUCCAUUAUGCGUAAACAUUUGCAAAAACAUCAAGAAGGCUCCGAAAAUCAAUGCAGGGUGUGCAGUGAACCCUUUGCCUCACAGCAGAAUCUGCAGCAACAUCUUCAUGGUACUGGCCAUCUUCGUGGCCAUGUCCGUAAUAAUCCCUGUCCAGCCGAAGGAUGUAACCGUGAGUUUGCUCGUGGUAUGAACCUUAAGGCUCAUAUCAGAACUUGCCAUAAAGAUUUAGCUAAGCAAAUGGACGAAGACGGUUGGCCAGUAAGGCUAGAGGCUGCUUCAGUGCCUGAUAGCGUUCACGAACCUGUCAUAGAAGAAGAGGAUGGCCAAAUGGGACAAGAAGUAUUGUUGGAGACCCAGUCUGUUGAGCAAAAUGAAGCAGGAGAGAUGACAUGGGUGACGACUGGAGAACAAAUGGUGCAAUUAGCCCAUGGUGACGCAUUCUCUACUGAAACUACUUUAGUUACGGUAGAUGCCACGGGAACAGAAGCAGAAGCCCUGUCAAAUAUGGCGUCAACGAUCGCUACCUCAUUAGGUAUUCCUAUGGGCACGGCGACUACCGUGACCACAACCGAAGACGGGAUAACCGUUGCAUAUUUGACAACCUCGGAUGAACAUGGUCAGCAAUACAUCACGGUUUCUGGGGACGCUGUUGAUGGGGACACAGUGGCACUAGUUCAUAGUGAGGACAUGGUGGAAGAAUCAAUGCCCCAAGAAGAGACUGAUCCUAUGGAAGAAGAAUCCAAAAACAUUGAAGAAACUAUGAUGGAAAACUAAUUAUUUUACUUUAUCAGGUUUCUUUGUAUAUCAAACUAUUCUUCAAACAUUGUGGCAAAUGGGAUUCUCUUCAUUUUAACAGCAAUCUUUAGCGAAAGGACGUUUUGCUUGUCGACGUCGGUGAGACAUAGUUGUUAGGUGCAUACUCCCGACGAAUUUCCAAUGAUUUUCGGUACAGUGGAAUAUCAACCGAUUUAAUGACGCGUGCGAUCUUCAUUCGUUUGAAAAUACUGGGUUAUUCAUUUGGAUUUCAUUUGUUGAAGUAAAUCGUUUAAUAGAAGUUGCGUACCUUGGCUUUGAUAAACGGAAUGGGCACGUUUUGAUGAAGAAAAUGUUUCAACUCGAGUUCACCCCAAAUGCGGACGAUAGCGUUACGGGGUGGUAUCUGAGCAGUCAGUGAGAAAUCUACAGCAAUCUUGACAGAUGAAUUCUUUUCUAUUCCUUCACACAUGUACACCCCAUCAAUACCCAGCAUAAGUUUCCCAAUAAACUGAACAUUAUUAUUGA